GCGCGUGUGUUUUGUUUUGAUGAAAAAAAAUAAUUAGGCGCGAAGGGCAAGGAGAUUGCUCAAGGCUGGAUUUUGGGAUUACUUCAACUUAGGAGAUAAUUCAAAUCGCAGCGCUCGGCGUCGCCGCCACCAUCUCUCACGAUGCUCGUCCUGGUACUGGGUGACCUGCACAUCCCCCACCGUUCCAACGGACUGCCGGCCAAGUUCAAGAAGCUGUUGGUUCCCGGUCGGAUCCAGCACAUCCUCUGCACAGGCAACCUGUGCACCAAGGAGACACUCGACUACCUGAAGACGCUCUCGACCGACGUGCACAUCGUGCGAGGCGACUUCGACGACAACAUCUCGUACCCGGAGCAGAAGGUGGUGAACGUGGGCCAGUUCCGCAUCGGUCUCUGCCACGGCCACCAGGUGGUGCCCUGGGGCGACACGGAGGCGCUGGCCCAGGUGCAGCGCCAGCUCGACGUCGACAUUCUCAUAUCGGGGCACACGCACAAGUUCGAGGCGUUCGAGCAUGAGAACAAGUUCUACAUCAACCCGGGCUCGGCGACGGGCGCGUGGCACCCGCUCGACAGCAGCGUGGAGUCGUGUUUCGUGCUGAUGGACAUCCAGUCGGGCACUGUGGUCACCUACGUCUACCAGAUGGUCGGUGACGAGGUCAAGGUCGAGCGUAUCGAGUACAAGAAGAACUGAGCCGCCCGGCGAUGGGCAGAUGCUGUGGGAGACGGUGCUGCCAGCCGGCUCUAGCGCCGUUGGCAGUGUGUGGAAGACAGAGAAUGGGCGGUAUCGGCCGGCUGUUUUGAUGCGAAACCCGUGUUGCAGAUGCAGGGCGUGAUGGGUGUCCGUGAAGUUGCAGUCACCUGAGUCCAUUAAAUGGUUGGGAAAUGUGCUGCUUGCUACGUCCGUUUUUUGUUGUGAAUCCACCUUGCAUGUCCUAACGUUUCGGUUCCAUGACCUUUUUGAAACACGAUCUGAACGUAGGUAACAUCAUGUCCAAGACUGUUUCGGUUGUUGAGGGCUAAAAAUGUGCGAAUUUGCUUAUACAGCUGUAUUGUGUAUUACUUCUUGAACAUUUGUUUAGCAUGCUGAAGGAGUUUGUUUCGUGUACAUGCUGUAUUUUGCUGCGAUCAGUUAUGUAUUUAUUGUAACUGGGUGAUAAGAGAUAUCGCUUAGCAUGCACUAUAUUCCAAUAUUAGAUGUCAAAUAUAUUCAAAUGUAUACUA